AUGCCCCCAAUAAGGAGCGCACACAACAUGAGAGGGAAUCCUGAAAGCCAAACACCUGAUAUAGCACAGUUGAUAGCUCAGCAAAUCCAGGAGACGGUACCAACUAUUGUCGCUCAGGUUACAGCGGGCAUUAAUGCAAGUCAAUGGAGCGAGGGAGGCCCUAGCAUCGAGAAUCUUGUCAGGGAGGAGAAUCGUAACACCAACGAUAGAGGAUGCAGUUACAAGACAUUCAUGUCAUGCAAGCCCAAGGAGUUUCAUGGCAAAGAAGGUGCAAUUGGAUUACUAUCAUGGAUUGAGAACAUGGAGUCGGUACUCCAUAUUAGCAGGUGCUCUGAUGAUUGUAAGGUGAAGUAUGCAACAUGCCAACUCCAGGGUAGAGCCCUAACUUGGUGGAACAUUCAAGUUCAAACCCAUGGUCGCCAAGCUGCCUAUGAUCUAUCAUGGGAAGAACUCAAAACGUUACUCAUCGAAGAGUAUUGUCCUAAGAGCGAAAUUCAGAAGCUGGAAGUUGAAUUCUGGAAUCACACCAUGAUUGGAAUGGAGGUGGACAAAUACACUGCUCAUUUUCAUGAGCUUGCCAAGUUAGUACCUCAUAUGGUCACCCCGGAGGAGAAACAAAUUCAUCGGUACAUUUGGGGAUUGGCACCUCAAAUCCGAGGGAUGGUCACAUCGGCAAACCCAACCACUAUACAAAACGCAGUGGUUUUGGCAAACCGUCUGACAAAUGAUGCAGUUAGAUCAGGGAUUUUAAAGCAAGACAAAUUUGGUGGAAAGAGGAAACUAGAGGGGCAAUCAUGGAAAAGGGCCAACAACAAUUUAGGCAAGAACCAAAGAGUGGUGAAGAAUUUUGGAGUAAAGGUUCAGGAACCGGGGCAGUAUAGUCGGCAACUUCCAAAAUGCAGCAAAUAUAAUUAUCACCAUGCAGGGGCCUAUCCUACAUGUGGCAAAUGUAAUCGGUUGGGUCAUAUCACCAAGUUCUGUAGAGGGGAAAAGAAAAUCAAGGAUGGAAUAAGGGUAUGCUAUGAGUGUGGAAGUCAGGAUCACUUCAGGAAUAAGUGCCCAAGGAUAAUUAGAGGAUCAAGCAUCAACAAUGCCAGAAACCAGGUAAGGCAAACUAGUCAGGGAAAUCAAGGAGGCCAGGCUCGAGGAAGGGCAUUUGUAAUGGGAGCCGAAGAGGCACGUCAAGACCCUAAUGUUGUGACAGAUAGAAGUUUUGUUUCCCUAGAAUUUAGGCCGUUGAUAAAUCUGAAAUCGAGGAAGUUGAAAGAUGCUUACACUAUCGAAUUUGCCGAUGGCCAAGAAAUAAAGGUUAGGGACGUAAUCUUGGGUUGUACUUUAAAUUUAGCUGAUAAGUUAUUUAGCAUUGAUCUUAUCCCAAUUAAAUUGGGAAGUUUUGAUGUAGUGGUAGGAAUGAGUCGAGCGGAGAUUUGUUGCUUUGAGAGGAUUGUGCGAAUACCUUACCAAGAUGGAGAAACCCUAUCUAUACAAGGGGAAAAACCUGGAAGGAGUUUAAAGAUGGUAUCAUGUGUGAAGAUUUGCAAGUAUAUGAGGAAAAAGUGCGUUGUAUUCUUGGAUCAUGUAUCGGAAUGGAAAUCCGAGGAAAAGCAUAUUCAGGAUAUUCCUGUGGUGAGAAAUUAUCCAGAAGUAUUUCUGGAUGAUUUAUCAGGACUUCCUCCAUCUAGACAGGUCGAAUUCCGAAUUGACCUAGUUCCUGGGGCGGCGCCUGUUGCUAAAGCUCCAUAUCGCUUAGCACUGGCCGAGAUGCAAGAGCUGUCAGGUCUACUUCAAGAACUUCUGAACAAAGGAUUCAUCCGGCCAAGCUCUUCACCUUGGGAAGCUCCAAUCUUGUUCGUUAAAAAGAAGGAUGGCACGUUUCGAAUGUGCAUAGAUUAUAGGGAGUUAAACAAGUUGACGAUCAAGAACCGAUAUCCCCUCCCUCGAAUUGACGAUCUGUUCGAUCAGUUGCAAGGCGCAUGUUAUUUCUCUAAGAUUGACUUUUGUUCAAGGUAUCAUCAGCUAAGAGUUCAUGAGGAGGACGUCUCUAAGACGGCCUUUAGGACUCGAUAUGGGCACUACGAGUUUCUAGUUAUGCCCUUCGGUCUGACCAACACGCCGAUGGUAUUUAUGGAUUUAAUGAAUAGGAUAUGUAGACCGUAUCUAGACAAGUUUGUGAUCGUAUUCAUUGAUGAUAUUCUAAUUUAUUCACGGAGUAGGGUAGAUCAUGAGCAACAUCUGAAAAUGAUGUUAGAAUUGCUCAAGGAGAAAGAAUUAUAUGCUAAAUUUUCAAAGUGCGAAUUCUGGAUUCAGGAGGUACAUUUUCUCGGUCAUGUGAUUAGCGAAAAAGGAAUUCAUGUGGAUCCGGCUAAGGUUGUGGCCAUAAAGAAGUGGGAAGCACCAAAGACCCCGACAGAAAUUUGUCAAUUUCUGGGUUUGGCGGGUUAUUAUCGACGAUUUAUAGAGAGCUUCUCAAAGAUUACCCAACCAUUAACAGCAUUAACCCAUAAAGGUAAGAAAUUUGUUUGGGGAAAACCCCAAGAGGACGCAUUCCAACUGCUAAAGCAUAAGCUAUGCAACGCGCCAAUCCUAGCUUUGCCAGAAGGAACCGAAAACUUCGUAGUAUAUUGUGACGCAUCGCGCCAAGGUUUGGGUUGCAUAUUGAUGCAGAAGGACAAGGUUAUGGCAUACGCUUCGAUGCAACUCAAAGCCCAUGCGAAGAACUAUACCACUCAUGACCUGGAUCUAGGAGCUGUGGUUUUCGCUCUCAAAAUAUGGAGGCAUUAUUUGUAUGGCACUAAGUGUAUUGUUUUUACCGACCACAAAAGUCUCCAGCGUAUCCUUGAUCAGAAGAUGCUCAAUAUGAGACAGAGAAGAUGGGUGGAGUUGCUCAGCGAUUAUGAUUGUGAAAUCUGA